CUGAAUACGACAAACAAACUACCUAGGCCCAACACUGAUAAGCCACCAACCUUUAUUUUGCACGUGUGUAUUGAUUGAACAGCAUCAUACACGGGUGUAUCUAUGCUGUGACUACGAAUUGCUCCAAUCGUGGAGAAACCCGGGAGUGAUCCAAUGGAUGCCAGCGGGGAGAGAGGGACUGAUUCGCACCACCAGCCAUGGCGAAAAUCAUGAGUAUCUCUUACUCAACCCCAUCCCAGCGCUACUCCAUCCUGGAUCGUGUCGUCGGAGCUUUUGGAGGCAUGGGCUCUGAACGGCCACGGACAUUGGUUAUUCGUCCCGAGCCUAGCCCAGUCGGGUAUAUAGAUAGUAUUCCGACCCGUGGUUCCAGCUCGCGUUGGGGACCUGGAGAGCUCUUGCGUGUGGGCUCCAGUUGGGAUCUUGGUCCCGUAGCCGCUCCCAGUAUGAUGAUUGUCCGUGACUCCAGUGGAAAUGGCGUCACCGGGGAAAUUAAGAUACGGAAAUCACGCAAACAGAGAGGAAGCUCACCGUUCGCCCGAGAAAGUCUGUCUCUAACAAAACUCUCUUUGCGAAGGUUGAGAACGGAGAAAUAGUGCGAACCCUCCCGACGGGACAGGCUAAUACUACCUAUCUCUAUAUU